CGGCCAGAAACGCAGGAAAUCAUUAAAGCCAUUAGCCUCCUGCUGUAGCGGCUUUUUUGAGCUUUCUUUCAGUGGUGGUUUCAGUCAGCCUGAAAGCGUCGGGAAGCGCAGUAAUAAUCAAUGAAAGCCGGAAAGCAUUUAUUUCGUCACGAGUAAUAUAAUAUUAUACGCGGUCGAGUAACCUUCAAUUAAACAACGAUAAUAUUGUUUAUAUUUCAACUAAUAUUAUUUAAGAAUUAAACAGUAUUCGUUGACGUUUGAUCCUCGUGGUGUAAAAAUAGCGGCAGCAAUUCGUACUCGUUUUACGAAACCUGUGGAUUAUAUUAAGAGUUUUUAUUUAAUAUUUUGUGUAAAUACAAAUUGAUAAUAAACGAUGUUGACACUGGUCUGCUGUUAAUUAGGAUGUUAUGUGAUAUUUAUCCCAUGUGAUCCAGAGUUGCAGAAAUUGUGAAAUAUUUUGUCAUUCCCCAAAGGGUUUCAGCGUCGUUGGAGAGAAAUGUGAUUCUGCCGGUUCUGUGAACAAUUUCAUAUCUGGAAAAUUUUAUUCAGGAUAAUUUAAAAUGGGUUUCAAAAUUCCAAUGAGGUUCUGGAUCGCCGUCAUGGUGUUCGCCUCGACCUAUAUCAAUUACACAACCAGAAGUAACAUGUCAAUUAGUAUAACGUCGAUGGUUAGCAGGGCAAAAGGCCAGUCGAGUGUUCCAGAAUGUAAAAGAAAUGAUACCCAUGCUAUAGUUGUGAAUGGGAACACCUCAGUAAAAGCUUUACCAGAUUACGGACCUCGUUACGACUGGGAUGAACACAUACAAGGCAUAAUCCUGGGCUCCUAUUUUUGGGGCUACGUCAUAUCGAGCGCCCCCGGUGGAUUCAUUGCCGAAUGGUUGGGACCGUUCAACACAAUUUUUUAUGCGCAAAUCGUAACUGCCCUGUUCAACUCUCUGUCAGUGUGGGCUGCCCACUGGCACUUUGGGGUACUGAUUUUUUGUAGGUUCGUCUUAGGACUUAUGGCUGGUCCUAUUUAUCCCGCCCUCCAAUGUCUCAUUGCCCGUUGGGCACCUCCAGCAGAAAAAGGCAAAUUCGUGAGUGGUCUUAUGGGUAAUACCUUGGGCACGUGUCUUACAUGGAUCCUUGUUGGUAUGGUCACAGCUGCAGCUGGCUGGGACUGGGGUUUCCAUUUCCUCACUAUACAAAUCGGAGUGUUUUGCCUGGUGUUUUGGUUCGUGGUGGCUGACAGUCCCGAUCAGCACAAAUGGAUCAGUGAGGAGGAGAAAAUGUACAUCAAAGAAUCUCAGGCCAAGUCUAUUACUAAAGGAAAGGCUGUACCUCCUUAUUUGAAAAUGUUUAUGUCAAUACCGUUUUGGGCUCUUUGUAUUUUGCAUUUUGGUAAUCUAUGGGGCUUGUAUCUUCAGAUUACUGGAGUGCCCAAAUUUAUGGUUGAAGUUAUUGGUUUUAACAUCAAAGCUUCUGGAGGCUUAGCAGCAAUGCCACAUCUUCUCAGGAUGUUCUUUGGAAUCGGCUAUGGAUACUUAGGAGAUAUCCUUAAACAAAAAACUGGUCUAAGUGCAACUUUGACCAGAAAAUCAUUUGUAGUUUUAUCUCACAUUAUUCCGGGUAUUCUUCUUAUGUGCAUGACAUUGGUAAAAUGCGAUUACAUCGGAGCAGUGCUGAUUCUAGUCUUCAGUAUGUCCAUAAAUGGAGCGGCUGUGGUUACGAAUCUACAAAAUGCCCAAGAUCUUGCCCCUAACUUUGCUGGUAGCAUUUUCGGUGUUAUUAGUUUGAUUGGGGGCACCACUGGAUUCAUUACUCCUGCAGUAACAGGAGCUUUAAUAAAGGAAAACAAUGGUAUCCAUGAAUGGUCUAGGAACUUCAUCAUAGGUGGCAGUGUUUAUGUCGGUUCAGGACUGCUCUUCAUUCUACUAGGUUCUUCAGAUAUACAGCCUUGGAAUGAAAAAUUGCCUGAAAUAAAUGGCGAGGAACCAGUUUCAUUGAAAGAUUUAAAAGACCAAGAGGCUGAAAACAAAGAAGAUCCAAGUGAAACUACCAAACUCAAUGCCUAAAUGAAUGUUUAUGUGUGUUUUUUUUAAGUGUUGUAAAUUAUUUUCUUGAGGUAAAAGACGAAAUAAAAGCACAUUUUUUUUUUUUAGUUUAUUGGAAAAUUUAGUUUGAAUAAAGUGAAAUAGGUACUUAUUUAUUAGGUCCCGGAUGGUCCCUCUUCAGGUUUUGGUUCCUUCUUCUCAUUCCAUUUCUGGAUGUCCGCCGAACCAAAAAUUAUAAAAAGUACUCCGGAUCCGCAGUAAAAUAUAGCACCAAUCAUAAAUACGUAGCCCCAAGCUUUAGUGUUAUUCUGAAAAACAGUAUUUUCUCACAUAAACUAUUAAAAAUAAGAUAAUUUCUCUACCCCAUAGCAGUCAAUAAGGGCACUGGUUACAGCAGGGUUAAUAAAUCCAGUGGUACCGCCAAUGAAAGAAAUUGCUGCAAAAAUUGAUCCUGCGAAAUUCGGUGCUAAAUCUGUCGGAUUGGCCAAGUGGGUCACUACUGCAGAUCCAUUAAUAGACAUGCUGAAGACCAGAAGAGCAAUUGCGAUGACUUUGUUACAUUUGGCCAAAAUCAUCAUUCCCAUCAAGAUUCCAGCCAGUCUCCCAUAUAACCGAAAAAAAUGCCGCUAAAUAACCUGCACAAGUGUGGUAAAGAUGCCAUAAAUCCAGAACUCUGAAAAUUAAAUUUCAGAAUUUCACAAUAUGGAUAGACAGAGAUUCGUUUCCUUAUACCUUGAUAUUGAAUCCAAUGUACUCUGCCAUAAAUUUUGGUCCGGCAUUGAUCUGUAGAUACAAACCCCAUAAAUUUCCAAAUAAAAGAAUUGCUAAUGCCCAAAAUGGUAUAGACUUCAUCAUGGCGCAAUAUGGUGCCACGGCCUAGGACAAAAACAUUUUUAUUUCAUUAUUUUAUACUCAGAUUCAACAAAUUACUUUUGAUUUAGAUACUUUGCCCUCUUGGGAAGUCUUAAUAUAUUCAAGUUCUUCAUCUGUAAUCCAUUUGCAUUGUUCUGGACUGUCCCAUGCCAAGAAAAAGAAUACAAAGAGGAAUAAGAAACAUUCGAUCGACACCACAUGAAAACCCCAUGGCCAUUUCCAUGCACUUGUAACAGCACCAACAAUAAUCCAUGUAAGAGCAGUACCGAGAGUGUUACCCAUAAGACAGGCGGUAAAUUUAUUUUUUUCUUGGGGCGGAGCCCAACGGCCGAUAAGCGUUUGCAAAGCCGGAUAUACUAGAGCCUAAUAAUGCUGCUGUUAAAUAAUUAGAAAGAAAUAAAAUAAAAUACUUACACCAGUGAAUCCGAUGAGUACACGAAUCACCAAAAGGGCAGACCAAUGUAAGGGAGUUAUAAAUACACCCACACUGUUCAAUAUUCCAGCAACUCCGGUUGCUACCAUUAUGGUCCAGCGUGGACCGAACCACUCUGAUAUAGCUCCAGCGGGAAGAGAACCUGCCAUAAAUCCAUAAAAGUAGGCUCCUAAUAUUGCUCCUUGUUCCGAUUCAGU